AUGAGCUUCGGUCUCCGUUCUGUUCUCGAGCGGCUGCCAGGUCAGACCAAUCUGCCAAUCAUCAACCCCAACAGCUCAUUAUCGGACAUAUACCAGCAGCUCACUAGGUUCCUUCUCGAGGACUCCAAGUCACUCCGAGUCUUGAAACUUGUGGCAAGAAGUCGCUGCAUUGGUGCGCCAAGUUGGGUCCCGGACUACUCGAAAGUUGCUGAUGCUGACUCUAUCGACGCCAAUACGGUCCACUUAAUUAGCCCUCAUAUGCUGAUCGUAAUUGAUGGUAGCCCGAAUGGCGCUGACAUCUUGGCCAAAGCGGUGCUGCGGAAUGAAGCUGACAUGGUGUCAAUCUGCGCAGCAGUAUAUGGAUUCGAGCCCCCCUACAGAUACCAUAUCGACAACGACAACAUACUCAUUGUUAAAGGAGCUUUUAUUGACAACAUCACGACUGUUCAGAGCGGAUCGGUCCCCGAAGAAUGGGUGGGAAUCGGGACGGCUUCAUACAAGGGACUAGCAUUCGGCAGCUGCAGGACCGGCGACAGAGACGACGGAAACUGUGUCAAGAUCGUGGGGUCUGCAGUCCUCUGGUACAGAAGCACAGGUGUAUAUCUGUUCCAGCGGCCCCUCGGUGGCUUUACAAAAGGCUACGUACGAUUUGGCGAGGUUUGGCAUGCUCACGAAAAGAAGAGGAAAGAAGAAUGGAAGAGAGAGCACGGCUGGACUCAUUUAGAUGCCGAGCCUCACCCUUCGACAUAUCUCCAAGACAUUCUCAUAUCGUAG